GAAGAAGAAGAAGACGAAGAAGAAGAAGAAGAAGCGUUAUCCAAUCCGCUUGGCAAAUGGCGGGUGCUUUGAAAGAAAAACAACUUGUCCGACAUGUUUAUGCAGCAUUACAGGCUGCCUCGUGUCCCUUGGUGGAAGGUCUGUACCUGCAGGAAGCCGACACCAUGCUGCAGCUGCUGUGUGCUCCCUCUCAGCAGCGCACCGACAUACUGGCAUGGAUCUGCAGCAGCAUCAACCCAAGCUUUGCCAACUCCAAGACGAUGGCGGUGAAAUCCCACGGCCCAGAAGUUUUGACUAAAGAAAUGGCUGUGCUCGGGCAGGAAUUGAUGCUGUGCAAAGCAGAUGACCUGGACCUGAUCAGGGGUGAAGCGAGCCCCCUCCGGCAGCUUCGGUUCCUAGAGCAGCUCUUAACUUUAGUACCUGGCUGCAAGAAGUCUGCUGGAACCGGACCGGAUCGAGAGAUGCUGCUGAACGAGCUCUACGCUGCUGAGAAUCUGCCUCACCUCACACAGAUGCUGGAACCCACGCUGGACCCCUGGCCUGCAGACAUCAAGGCUUUACGCAAGGGCACCAGGACAACUCUUAAGCCCAGUAGAGAGGAGGCUACUGACCUCGCCACCCUUCUACAGCGGACUGAGUCAACACUGGAGCAGCUACGGUCACAGUGUGAAUUCCUGAGCAGCGAGGCGCAGAGCCCUGGCGUCUUCUCUCCGAGCUCGCUGCGCGUGGCGGCGUGCGACCUCCAGCUGCUGAUGGCGACUUUCAGCCAUGUCUUCGAAACCGACUUGAGGGCUUACUGCAGCAGAGAUCCCCCCAGCUUCAGCGCAGAGACCGACGUCUUCCAGAGAUCACACCAGCUACUGCUGGCCUUCGUCAUGGAGCUGGAAAUGCUAAAGGAAGUAUCUGAAGCUUCUGUAUCCGUGACUGAGGAAGUGAACCAGUUCCAAACACAGCCGGGCUACCGGAGCCGAGGGGAGAAGCGCAAGUUGCCGGACCAAUUGGAGGAACUCACCAGGCGAAUUCGAGACUUUUUCCCCCUGCUUCCUUCCUGAUGGCCUACCUAAACCUUGGCCAAAAAGACAUUCUGGAGUGAGCAAAGCACUUUACACCGUGUGGUAAUAACGAGAGUCCCAUCUGUCGGUGUGUUAAAACUUUAAACAGCAAAGCGGAAUUGUGACCAAAAAUGAGUGUUGUUUAUUUCACAAAGGUUAAAGGGAGCGUUCACCCCAAAGAGAAACUACAUAUUUCCUCCUAGCUUUUUUGCUAUCCAUCAGUCUAGAUUGUUUUGGUGUGAGUUGCUGAGUGAUGGAGAUAUCUGCUGUA